AUGGCGGAAGCGGAGGACGAUCAUAAGAUUGUGAUGGAGUCGGAUUCUCGUGCUCUGGUGGAUGGUCUAAAAGGCAAUUUGGGUAACAGGGUGUGGACAGUUCCUCGCAAUCUGAACCGUGCAGCGCAUGAAGCUGCAAGGAUUGGUGUUCGAGCAGCAGGUGUGGAUCACUGGCCCAGUUGGCCUCCUUUGUCUCUUGUUUGA